AGUCUGAUUGGUCGUUUAGAGGCGAGUCGUGACGUCACUGCUCGUUGGCAGAAGCGUCAUGUCAGUCGUCAAACAGACCCAAGGGGAAGCGGGAGGUGGUGUGGCUAGCCAUCUCCAGUGUCCGCUCUGUGGUAAUUUUGCCAAAAGUCACGCCUAUCAGCUGUCCCACAUGGCCUCCGCCCAUCCCACCUACUUGGACAGUGUGGGGGUGGGUCGCCUCGGCAACAUCUUGAUGUACCAGAGCAGUGCCCAACUGUUCCACUGCGCCGAGUGCUUUUUCACCACCCGCGACUUCACUAAACUGUACCAGCACAUCAUCACUAAGCACUGCUUGGACGAGACGGUGGCGGCGGAGCGAGGAACUGACGUGGAGUACAACGGGAGCAAAAAAGGGGACAAGGAAGCAGAUGAGGAAGUAAAGGAAGCAGACAAGGAAGAUAUGGAAGUAGAUGAGGAGGUGAAAGAAAUAGAUAAGCAAGUAGAUGAGGAAGUGAAGGAAAUUGAUGAAGUUAAGGAAGUAGACGAGGAUCUGAAGGACACCAAUGAGGAGGAGGCAACUCCUCAGAGACUCAACAGCGGGGAGGAGGUGAAGGAUGAAGACAGCAUGUCAGAGAGAAAGAUCUGCGACGUGGAUGAACGCGUGUUGCUCUUUGACGGCGCAAUGUAUCAAUGCCUGAUUUGCGGCGUGUGGAAAAACAAACUGAAAGGUUCGGCCAUUACCCACGUGGUGCGCAAACACCGGAUCCCGAGGGAAUUUGCCUGCCAGAGGAUCAGACAAGACAACGCCGCUUCGACCUCUACCUUUACGCCCAAACGGCAUCCGAGCAACGGGAUGGAGGAAGUGGAGGAAGAAGGGCUGAGUGUCGACCUUCUCAAAGAGGAAAUGGAGGCAACGGCCAAAGUGGUCCACUUUCGCUUCAAUCGCUACGUCUGCGUGAUAUGCGGCUGGAAGACCAAAAUGAAAGGUUUUGCCAUCAGUCACGUGGUGCGUCGCCACAACGUGGCGCGUCCCUACAGCUGCAAAGACUGCAACUCCUCGUUCUUCCUGCCCAGCCGACUUCAGCAGCACAUCCGAGCAGUUCACCGGCCGGGACGCUACGCCUGCCCCUUCUGCAGCUUCAGGUCACACUUCCUAGCCGGCUUCAGGAGACACUGCGGUCGAUGUACUGCCCGCGAGGAAGGGGAAUGGGGACUGGGAUUGGUGAUGGGCGAGGAGGGGAGAGAGGUGGUGAUGGUCAAAGAGGAGACCAAGGAAACGAGAGCUGGGAGGAAAAGAGCACGGAGGCUGAUUGAAGAGACGGAGGAUGAAGACGAGCUCAUGUUUUUCUAACACAGUGCUUCUCAAUUUUUUAGGAAGAAGAAAAUAUCUCACAACCUCCCGAGUGACUAUAAAUCAGGGAUUGUCAACCGGUGGUCCCUCUAGUGGUCCGUGGGAAUAUUACAGGGGGUGCGCAAAAUUGGAAAUAGAAAAUAAUUGUAACAUUUGUGGCUUCCCGCACGUUAUUUCUGUCCAUUACUACAGUUCAAAGUGUUGAUUAAUAUUCCGACAAAGCAAUGGUCACCGAGUUGCUUCUUGGUUAUAAUGGUGGUCCCUUGGACAAAACCAGUUGAAAGCCCCUGCUAUAAAUAUUUGUCAUAUUCAUUUGUCUAUAAAUUUGUUAUAAGUACACCUUGGUACAACAUUGUGUCCUAACGCGCCCCUGAGGGGUGCCCAACCCCAGUAUUUGAGAAGGGCUGAACACAUGGCAAAAAAAAGUACUGUACAUCCAACUAGCCCACUGAUUCGCAAAAACGUUCCUUUACUUAGCAGGGUUUUUUUUUUUUUUUUCUACAACUGGCUGAUUAAAGUGUAUUCAAUGA